AUGUACAGAAAAACUGGUGUACCAUCAGAGGAAGAACUGCUCGACUUGUCUUCGGAACUUGGAGCAAAAUGGAAGAACCUAGCGCGAGCUUUGGGAAUACGGGAAGCUGAUAUUGAGGCAGUAGAUGAAGAAAACAGACAAGUUGUUGAGAAAUGCUAUAACUUGCUGUUGUUAUGGAAACAUAGAUGUGGGUCUCGGGCCACUUAUGAGGUUCUAGAGGCAGGGUUAUGCCAUGGUGUUGUGUUGCGGAGGGACUUGGCUGAAAAAUAUUGCUAUAGUCUUCAAGCCAUUCCUCAAGAACAUGAUUUCAUGGGGUGA